AAUAAAAUUACUGAAAUACUUGAUACAAAUUUUUUUUGUAAAUAACAAAAAAAAUUAAUGAUCAGGAAAAGAGUGGCUCCAUGUGACAGAAAACUUGCUCUGAAUUGUGGUUGAAGGCAUGUGUCAAGGUCUGUUAAUAUAAGAUUCCAACUUAUAGAGUCUUUUCAGGCUAAUGUUUACCUAACAAAUCUAGUGUCCUUUUUUUAUUUUUAUUCCUUAUUUUUAUCAUAUUUAUACAAGGAAAUGGAAGAAAAUGUUCGGUGGUGAAAUGGAAGAAAACUGCGAUUUAGUUCCCAGUCUCCUGUCAUAUUACAUUGGUUAUCAAUCAAAUAUUCAUGAGUUUAGACAUAGGAGAAACUUCAAAAAUGGCGAUGGAAGCGGCUCCAACUUCCCCGCAACUGACAAACUAUGCUGCGCAGAAUACCGCGACAGUCACUCACACGGUCCCUGCAUCGCAUACAACUGUAAAUCUCAUUCAGCCUGAUCAGGGAAAAGGUCUCUAUAUCGUCGAUCCUUCCCAGCAACAUGCCUUACAAAUGUUCGGAAGUCCUGAUCAGAGAACGUUUAUGGCGAACCCCGUUGAAUUUAAUCCUACGGCCGGAACAAUAACCACAACCGCUGUUUCUAAUGGAAAUGGACAAAUAACCAUGAGAUGCUGUUUUUUUUUCCACAGUACAGAGUACUAGAUGAUAGUUUUAUGGAUUGUUUUCAUUUGAUGUAUAGUUGAGUAUUGUGCAAGUGACCCAGAUUUUCAGAAUGUAAAUACCAGUACACUUGAGCUUGUAGCUAUCAGUUAUAUGAUGUAAUACUUAAAACAUCAAUAGGAAGCCACUGUGUACCACAGGAAAGCAUUGAACUUAAAAGCAUUGUUAAAAACUAUGAACUUAAGUCAGCUUUAAGGUAGACAAGAGUAGAUAUGGAUGUCCAUCAGUUUUUUUAUGAUAUGAAUAAACCUUAAAAGCUUUAACCCCUUGA